AAAGUUAGUUUUCAAGUUGGAUUGUGGUCAGAUACACAGAAAAAUGGUUCAUCUCAGUUAUUGUGACACGAUCCAACAGAAACUUUAAUUUACUCUUAUAUUAAAGGAAGUUUAUCAUCAGCAAAGAAAUUUAAGAUGACAGAAUUCAGGAGGAGCAGAAGGUAUCUGUUAUGUUAGAUACUGGUUUUGUUUACAUGCACAAAAGUCUUCCAGUUAUGAUCAGGUUUUGGGAGUAUCCUGUUUAUGUGUUUGUGUGUCUAAAAAUCAUAUCCGGCUUUCAUAAACAUGCAUAGACCCUUAUCCUAGUUUUUUAAAUAACUUUUUGGGCAGUUUUAUGCCUUUAUUACAGAUAGCACAGAGAUGCAAUAAAGGUCCCUGGCUGGACCAAUAGACCAGUAUAUGCAAGCUGGAUUAACUGCACAGAAACUGGAAAACUGACAGUGGUGGCCGAGUAUUUCAUCUGUACUUAACAAAAAGUAGCAAUAGCACAGUAUGAUACUCCAUAAAUACUCCACUACAAGUAAUAGCCUAUAUUUGAACUUUUACUUAAAUAAAAGUAUAGAAUUUUAGCAUCAUUGCAUUAGCAUUAUUUUAAUGUUGUGGUCAGCUGGGAACCAAAUUUAAACCAUUCCUACCCCAUCUUCGCCUCUGAGUUAUAGUGGAGUAGAAGAAUAAUGUAGCAGAAAAUAGAAACGCUCAUGUACUUAGUUUCCACCGUUGCAUACUGUAUUAUAUAAACCAUAUUCAGGUUUCUUACUUAGUGGAUUGUCAGUUAAACAACAGAAAGAAGAAAAAAAACAAUAUAAAAGAUAAUAAUCAUCAUCCCCAAUGUAUCUUAGAGGAAUAUGUUAAAUCGUAAAUGUCCUACAGGGGGCGCUAACGCAUGUAAGCCGGAACAAAAUGGAGGAAACAAGGAGCUCAUUUCAGGAUGGAUGGAAGUUAAAUAAUUAUGAGCAAAAGUUACUCAAAGUUACACAAGUAAGGGGCCCAGUUUGUAGUGUUUUGGGAUACUGUGGUUCAUGAAAAGGUUGAGGAGGAUCUUAAUUUGUCGUGUUUUGGUGAAGAAUUCUGUGUAUGCAGGUUGUUUUCUUCAUGGUCAAACUCUGUGUGAGCGAAGCUUCAGUGGGCAGGAGGCAAGAGGACCACUGCCGCUGUAUGUGGAGGAGCCAUCCCAGGAUUUGGACAACUGGCGGCUGGUGCAUUUUCUUCCAGGGGGGGCUGCUAUACCAUCAAGCAAACAUGUACUAAGAGUGAAGAGCAGCAGGACAGAUGAGAGGCAGUGAGAAGGUGCACCCUGCGACAGAGAGAGUCAGACGGAUUUGAAACCAAAUGUAUGUGGACUACAUGGUUUGCUUCGGUCCCCUGAUCUCCCAUGAUGCCCCAGAGCAUGGCUGUGUUUAGAGGACAGAGUAAAAUCUCCAUCUUCCAGUUGCUGACUCAGUAUAAAUGACCAUACAAGGCAUCGGGAUUUACUUCAGAACUGAAAGAUCAGUUAGGAAAGAAGAUUACAGCAGCUACUGAACCCCGUUUAGAUCUCUUUCUUCUUCUAUUUCUUUCUGCCUUUCCUGUCUGUCAACAGUUUAGUUUCUUUUUCUGCUCUCCCUUUCUCAGUGUUUGUCUAUUUCUCUUAUCCUGUCUGCCCCUCUCUUCUCUUUUUCACUCCUUUAAUCUUCCCCUCAUUCUUUUUCUGGCUACUUCUCAUUCCUUUUUUCCUUUCUCACUCCUUUCUUAUCCUCUCAGCCCACAAACAGAGAGGGUACUCUAAUAGACCUCCCUCAGGUCUCCUGUCCCUCCACCUCUCGCUCUCCUUCUCCCCCCCUCCCUCGCUCAUUCUUCCUUUUCUCAGCCAGCCCCAGAUAAGAAGGGGGCAGAAGUAUUUCUCUUCGGCCACUUCUGAAACUGGAGCCACCAGAAAAGGAUGGAAGGAAAAACUUACUCUAUUUUUUCUCUUUUCUUUUUCCUUUUAUUCCUGGACAUUUAAGAAUUGAGAGGUCCAUUUUAGUCAUCUUUCAUUUACAUGCAACUUUAAAUCUUCUCUUUUUCUGAUGUUCUCACCUUGCAUUUAAACGUCUUUUUCAUUCUCCCACUCAGUUUGGACAUUCACUAUUCCCCAACCUUGUUCACACUGUUUUCUACCCACUUAGCUUUCUCUUCAUCCAUAUUUUCAGGAGGGAAUUUCAAGAAAAUCGUGAAAGACCUGCCCAGGGUAAAGCCAAUGGACCCAUCCUGAAAAAUCUUCAUCAGCAAGACUAACCCGACCACAGAGAACAAAAUUAAGACCCAAGAACGAAAGAAGGAGAAGGAGGAAGAACAGAAGGUGAUGGAUCCCAUGUAUUGACCAUAUCAUCUUAUCAUCUUUAUGAAGUGAGGAGGGAACGGGAGACAAUUCAAUGUGAUACUACAGAACAGGUGUUGCUUUCUGUUUCUGCAUUUCAAAAAAGUGUGACCCAUAAGUGAAGUUAUCACCUGAAAUUCAGCAGAACAAGCAAAAUGGACUUGGUGCAGUCAGACCUCAUGGAUUGACUUGUAGGUGCAGAUUCGUGCGUGACUUGUGCUGCAUCCUGCACACAGAUGUUUUCAUAAAGUGAAUUGGGGUCAAAGUGUGAACGAGCUUCUCUUGACCCUCUUCGCACUGAACGAAAAAUCUUAAAUACAGUUGAAGAGAGCGUCAUGAAAGGCUUAAAUCUCAGCCAGGGGUUGCUGGUGCUUCUGCUGCUUUGGACCUUGUCAGUUGUCACUGAUGCAGCCGGUGUUGCGAGCGCAGAACGAGGAAGAGCUGGAAGAAGCCAGAGAAGAGGUGGUGGCGGCGGCGGUGGCGGUGUAGGAGGAGGAGGUGCGGAGAAGAGGAGGAGGUUUCAUCGCAUCCAACAUGGCCAGUGCAGCUACACCUUCAUCCUGCCAGAACUGGAUGGAUGCCAGGGCGGAGGAUCGCCAUCACAGUAUGGCGGCUCUCGCGAUGGGGCGAGUGUCAUUCAGAGAGACUCACCGCCAAUAGGCGGUGAAUGGUCGGCUCAGAAACUGCAGCACCUAGAGAGCACAAUGGAAAACAACACACAGUGGUUGCAGAAGUUGGAGAACGUCAUUCAGAAGAGCAUGAAGCCAGGCAUCAUCAACAUACCGUCACAUGUCGUUCACAACCAAACAGCCACCAUGCUGGAGAUCGGAACAAACCUCCUCACGCACACAGCGGAGCAGACGCGCAAACUCAACGUGGUCGAAGCCAAGGUGCUGAACCACACGUCUCGAAUAGAGAUCCAGCUUCUGGAGAAUUCUCUGUCUACCAACAAGCUGGAGAAGGAGCUGUUACUGCAGACCUCCGAGAUCAGCCGGCUGCGAGACAAGAACAGUCGUUUGGAGAGUAAAGUUCAGAUGUUGGAGUCUCGGCAGAAAGGAGAGCUGGAGGACAUGAGGGAGGAGAAGAACAGACUGCAGUCUGUCGUCAGGACUCAGAUGGCGGCCAUCGAGUCUUUAGAGAAGCAGCUGAGAGUCGCCAGCAGCAACAACACCGCUCUGCAGAGGCAGCAGGCUCAGCUGAUGGACUCUGUCCACACACUCAUUAGCAUGGUGGCUACUACUACAGGGUCACCUCCUAGGAACCAGAUGUGGCGGGACUGUGCAGAGGCUUACAAGGCCGGACAGUCUGUCAGUGGUCUGUAUCACAUCUACAUUGGCAACAGGACUGAACCUGUGCAGGUGUACUGUGACAUGGAGACGGCUGGUGGAGGCUGGACGGUGUUCCAGCGGCGAUUUAACGGCAGCGUGGACUUCCAGAGGAGCUGGAGGGAAUAUAAAAUGGGUUUCGGGGACGUGUUAGGAGAGCACUGGCUGGGCAAUGAAGCCUUGCACCUGCUGACCAGUCAGGGUCAGUACUCUCUGAGAGUGGAGCUGAGGGACUGGGAGGAAAACCCCGCCCACUCCCAGUACGACCGAUUUACACUGACCAAUGAGAGACAGCAGUACAGGUUGUAUCUGAGAGGUUACAGCGGUACAGUGGGGAGGCAGAGCAGCCUGACCACCCAUGGGACCGGCUUCAGCACCCGAGACCAGGACAACGACAACUGUGACCACUGCAAAUGUGCCCUGAUGCUCACUGGAGGUUGGUGGUUUGACGCUUGUGGUUUCUCCAACCUGAACGGCAUUUACUACACUGUCGGCCACAACAUCAGGAAGCUCAACGGCAUCAAGUGGCACCACUUCAGAGGCCCCAGCUACUCCCUGCGCUCCACCUCCAUGAUGGUACGACCCUAUGACUUCUAACAACACCCCUCCACCACCAUGAUGGUACGACCCUCAGCCUUAUGAAACCUCCAGUAGCAUGAUGGUACAACCCUGUGGCUCCCAACACCCCUCCACAAUGCCUUCCUGGCGAUGUGAAACACCCCUCCAGCACCACGAUGGUACAACCCUACAGCUUUGAACAACGCCCCGUGGCUCCACCAUGGUACAACCCUGACUUUAGCAGAUCCUCGCAUUUACAGCCAUAAUGUUAAAACCCAUGUGAGUCAUGAGCACCCCUCCGCCCUACGUUCAUGCUUUUGAAAGUCUUGCUGGAUUUCGUAAACCACCCUGGAUCCACGAGGGUCUAGAAAUCCAUGAGGGUUCAUACUAUGUGGAAGACAAAAGUGUUUAUGGCUGCUUUUAUAUAGCACUUUUGUUCAAAGCACUCUGCAAUUUACCUCUCAUUCACCCAUUCACACACACAACAAUGGCAGCGAAAUACCAUGCAAGGUGCUAGUCAGGCGCAUCUGGAGCAAAGUUCAGUGUCUUGCCCAAGGACACUUCGUCAUGUGGACAGCUGGAGCUUGGGAUCGAACCGCCAACCCCACCGACCCACUCCGCCUCCUCAGCCACGGCCAGCCGCCCCACAGUUGUUCCAAACGGCCACUCUUGAAGGUGAAGUGAAAAGACAUCCAUUUUAGAGACGGGGGGAGAGGUGAUAAUUGACAUUCAUGGUGUUGCGCACAAAAAAAUGACAGAAAUAGUUGUGUAAGGAUGACAAAAGCGAGCUUGAGAGAGAAGUUCAAGGCCAAACUCCUUUCUCACCUCAAAACAGCCGGCCAGUCACUUCACGAAUUGGGUGCGAGUGACGGAUUGUCGGCUUCAGAAAGUUACCGAAAUUGUCGAACGCAACCCCCUCCCCCAAUUCCGAUGUCGGGGGGAGGAGGUUUCCAAAGCUGUUUAACCAUCCGACAGUCACCUCUGAUGGAGAAUACUGGCAGCUUCAUCUCUUGGAUUAGAAAUGGUUUCAUCCACAGACUUAAAAAUACCUCUGCAGUUAGUAGCCAUGAAGGGAGAACAAGCCGCUUGUCCCACAUCUGGGAAUCCGGCGCCGGUUCUUCUCCUUUGACCAACAUUUUGUGAUGAGUGGGUUUCACUGACUCUUUUGGCAGAAGAUCAUAACAUGCUGUCCUCCAUCGCAUUAAACCCUCUCUGUCUACCAUGAUGACACUGUAGGAAUCAAAAAUGACCAGUUCGGACUUAAUAUGGAAAAAUAUGAUGAUCAGAAGCCGCAGAGGAGAGUUUAUAGACAAACACAGAGGUUGUGAUGUCGCCGUCGGGUUCCAGAUGCAGACAGUGUGGAUUAUUUCUCUGUCUGACAGUGAUAUCUAACAAUAUGCCAAUAGAAAAAGGAAAUAAUACAAGUAAUGAACCAAGGAUGCUUAUAUGAACUUGACUUGCUUUUUUCAUUAAGUAUAUAGUAAUAAACUGGUUGAAUAAGUAAGACUUCUGAUACACAGGUCACAAAGAAUGAAAAUUCGAGCUAAAUUUGAUCUUAUUAUGAACACAGCCUGGGGGAUAUGAUGGCCGAUGGAACGAUAAAGCAUUUGACCAAUGAUCAAGUCAAUAAGAAAUGGAUAACUCAACUCACUCACUCAUCAAAAUACUUUUUUAAUAAAGCCGGUGGUCGGACUACUAAUGUUUACGCAUAUUAAUCAACAUUUUUACACAAGUGGAAGGCGAAAGCAGUGUGUGAAUUCCUCAAGCGUCAGAAAGACAAAAAAAGAAUCUGAUUGAUCUGGUGAAGAAGUCGACGCCACGUGGAGGAUCGAUCUGAGGACGAGCGACGAUGUCUUCUUCUUCAAACUCAAAGACUCUUGAGAACCACGAAGAUGAUUGUGGGUCGUGGAUGUUUGAGAUGCCUGAACUUCUGAGUUGACGAACGUCCCUUUACUGUGUAUUCUGUUACUGAAAGCAAAGAUAAACAGACCCAUACAUAGUUAAUUGAAACUGAUGAAUAAUUGAAGUGCGGGCAGUUGGAGAGACAUUGGACAUCAUGGUUUUCAUUAUUAUUCAGGACAAGAAACGAUAACAGCAAGCAGACUGAAUUUGUUUUUAAGGAUAAGUAAUCACAUUUUUGCACCGUACGCCAGAAGUUGGACAUGGAAACACUUUAAAUCUUUAUCGACAUACUAAAGCCUCUGCUCCGUAGUUUACAGCAUUAAAGGAAGGAAGGAAACAAUUAAGGAAGGAAGAAAGAAAUGAACAGAGAGGAUAUAAAUAAUCCAAAUUACCUUUAUUCCGUUGUUUUAUAUUGGAAGGAAAGUCUGGACAAUGAGCAAAGAAAGAGAAAAGGACUUAAACAAAAGAAGAAAUCCAGAGAGUCCAGACUGAAGGAGAGAAAUGUUGAUUUCAUUAUCUUCCUAAUCCAAACAACCUGAUUCUUUUCUUGUUUUUUUUGGAAUCUGCGUUUUAACUUGGCUUACACACCCAUACUCUCAUGGCACUCAUGCAGACAUCUUUGCAACAUAUUAUUCAAUGGAUUAGAUUGUCCUUGUUUUUAUCUGAACUGUGUUUUUCUGUCUCGUACACACACAUGCACACACGUAAUAUAGACACACACCUGUUACAUCCCCGGAUAAAUGACAUUUUGUGACAGAAAGGAUAGCAGACAACUGAGAUACCAAAGAGGUGUCCUGUUUUUGGUCAGGUCAUGUUAUAGCUCAUGUAUCAUUAGCAGUGAAGGUUUAGUUUAUUGGUUUAAAAACUGGACUGGAUGUGUCUGAAUGUGUGUGUCAGACAGUCAAAGAGGUGAGGGACAGUCAGUCAGUUUUCGAUUAAACAUUGUUUGUGUGAUUUAUUAACUUGGUUCAGGAAAAUGUGUUUUCUUAAUAUGGUAAAAAGCUGAAGAACCAGGACCGCAGCUCAGAUAUUUACUGUCUGAUAACAGUAACCGAUAACUUCAGCAUUUAUGUUAAAGUGUUAAUACGCUAUGUCAGUGGAGGCAGGACCACCAGUGAUGGCAAUCCAUCCCAUAUUCUGCUUCUACUAGCCAACAGGGUGCUAACACAAUUAGCAUUAAAGGUGUCAGUGAUGACAGUGUUGCAGGUUUUAAAAGACAUGUUUUUUUAAUAUACAGUAUAUCGUGUUGUGGUCAACAAUAUACACUUUACUGCAAAAAACUAAAUAAAUUAAAAUACUCUACAUCCACGCUAGCAGCUCUAUGAGGCUGUACUUAGGAACAGCGCUGCUCUGAGCUAAAUGCUAACAUCAGCAUGCUAACAUGCUCACAACGACAAUGGUAACAUCCUGCAUUUACCAUGUUCACCAUCUUAUUUUAGUGGUGUUAGCAUGCUAACAUUUGCUAAUUAGCACUAAACACAAAGUACAGCUGAGGCUGAUGGGAAUGUAUUGGUCCAAAGUGCUGGACAAAUUUAAAAUGUGACCUGAUGAUGGCGAUACAGGUUACGGUUGUUACAAUUCAUCCUGAUGGGGACAUGAAUGUGUGUACAAACGUUAUAUAUUUCACUCAAAACCAAAAUGUCAACCUGCAGGUGGAUCACCGAAGUCAGUAGGAUUCAACUUCCGGGGGAACAUGAAUGUCUGAACAAAGUUUCACGGCAUCCAAUAGUUGUUGACCGACCAUCAGACUGACGUUAGCAUCGCUAAAAUCUACACUGCCCAGUUAUUUGUGCUAUCUGUGCUAGGUUAGCUAGCAGAAAACCUGCGUACAUGCGGUGCAACUAAAUUACACCUUUGCUCGCCCUGUUAUCGCAUCAGGUGUUCAGUGGAAUAGAUAUUUCUAUGGAGCACAAUAUCGCUCACAAUUCCACACAAAGUAACAGCAUUACACAUGUUCCUCUUUGGGGUUGAGACACCAACCAUCGGGUGAUACUUAAAAAAACAUUAAGAUAAUCUCUAACAUGCAUGGUGGUCGGACUGAAAAAAAGCUGCCUGUGUGAGGUUUUCAUGUGGCAACAGUGAUUGAUUAUUAUCCUGCAGCGUUCUCCUCGCAAUAGCCGUCAUUACAGUUUUGUUUAUGAAGCCUAUAAACGUCUUUGUCUGAAUAAAAAAAAAAGUCUGUACUUCACCUUUUUAAAAUGCACUUUAUGGAAAGAAAGUGGUGAAGUUUACGACAGAUGGAGUGUAAUAAUCUUUGCUCUCAUUGUUCCAGUGUUUGUUCUGUGUUGGAGCGUUUUCAAGAUACUGCAAACAUUAACAAAUUUAACUUUUUCAGGUUUAAACUUUUUUUUUAAAAUUUACUGCGUAUGUGUAGCAAAGCUUGUCCAACAUUUGCAGUAUUUUGUACAAUAAAAUAUGAUAAUACAGCC